CACGCUCUGGUGGCGUCCCCCUCUAAACCCUCCGUGCGGAAACAACAUCCUCCUCCUCGGUGAGCGUCCGCUGGCUGUCAUUCGUCCAAGGCGAGCCAGCCGGUGCGAUCGUGGCGCUGGAGGACUGGAGCAGCGAGAGCAACGUGUACACGAACCCCUCCACACCCGAGGACCCAGAGGGGCCACACUGAGGAUCCAGAGGGGCCACACUGACUGUCCCGUCCAACCAAAGACAGACUAAACGGCACUUCUGUGGUCGCUGAUCUCUGCCGUGUGUCGCCGCCGUUUCUCGGUACAACACCGGAGAGUUCCCCUCAGCUGACCAUGCAGAGUGUGUGUGCGCUGGUAAUGGCGCUCGCCGCUGCCGCCCUCGUCUCGGCGGACUCGGACUCGCACAGACUGAGACAUGACUCCAACCUGGACAUCUACAAGCGGCUGUUUGAGACCAAGAGGAAAGAUCAACUGAACGCGCUGAAGAACCUGGUAGAGCUGAACGACAUCAACCAGCAGUACAAGAUCAUAGACAUCAUGCUCAAAGGACUCUUCAAGGUGUUGGAGGACUCGAGACAGAUCCUGGUUGCGGCCAACAUGCAGCCUGAUGACCCUUUCCCAAUGGACGAUAAGAUCAAAGAAGCUUAUUCCCACGUGGUUGAGAAUACCGCCUUCUUUGGCGACGUGGCGUUGCGCUUUCCCCGUAUUGUCCACCACUACUACGACCGCAACACUGACUGGGACGGUCUGCUGCGCUGGGGCCUGAAUUUCUGUAACCAGACUGGGGUUUUCACAGGAGGAGCCCACCAACAUGUCCUCACCCUUAUGUCACAGGAGCUGGGAAUAACGGAGAAAUCUCCAGACUUUAUAAACCCGUACCGCACAGAGAGAGACGAUGUGCUUCACACUGCCGAGGCUUUCCAGAAGAUCUUGAGGGAGGAGGAGAAGAGGAGGAGGAAAGAAGAGAAGAGGAAAGAAAUAAGAAAAGGCCCUCGCAUCUCCCGCUCCCGUAACGAGCUAUAGCGCUGCACCCCGGUGCUGGUGGAGAGCAGAGAACAAGAGGAAGGAGCUUACGCACCAUCCACAAGGGGGGGGCUUGACUUGUAGACUCCAGGCAACAGUGAAGGAAAUAAAAGCUGUCUUCACUUGUAAAAAGCCAGGUGCUCUGAUUAAAACAAGAGAGGAACCCUCAAGGUCACACAAAAAAGUAAUGUGUCAGUUUCUGGCUGAAUCUAACCUUGUAUAGGAGGUAAAGACGUCUCUGGAAUAGGAGUUGAUAAGGGAAACUCAUUUUUGAUAACUUGAGGAUUACAUAAAUGUACUUUGGAAUAUAAUUAAUUUAAAUAUAAUCUUUAAAAAACUGCAAAACCCCACUGUAUUGUGUCUGGUCUAGAUUUAAUGUGUCUAAAACCCAUUUGCUUAGAAAUACGUGUUUGCCAAAUCUAAAUUUGUCCUCAUCUCAUUCAAUUGGGUCUGUUUGUGGUUAAGUUGAGCUUUGAUUGAUGAUGGAAUACAGUUUAGUUUUUGUUCCUUGUUCCUUCAACUGAGUUCUGUGGGAAUUUCCAAGAGGGAUGUUUAUAAGUUGGCAGAUUUAUGUUCUUUAUUGCUGCUCAAAGGUUUUAAGGACACAUUUGAUGUUUUGUUGCCUGAAGGACAGUUUUCUUUAAUUUGUUCAUUUUCAUUUAUUUUUGGUUAAUUUGAUCACCAUUAAAGAAAUCAUCAGUGUAUUUGUUUUUUUUUGUUUUUUAAAUCUUUUUUACACAAAUUUCGUUAGUUGUUUCAGUUUAGUGACCUUUAGUUAAUAAACAAUAUUGUAUCCUGUUAGAACUAUGUGUCACCCAUAAUUACAGUAUAUAAGACCUGCACCUGUUUUGGUGCUAUUUUUUGUUGUCUUUUUCUGUUUAUCUUUGCUGGAAAUCUACAUAUUUUAAUGGUUUAGAUUUAUGGAAUUGAGAUUGAUGUAAUUUUGAAAUUGUAUUAAGACUGUUAUAAAAACUAUAUGUAUAUUCAGAGAAAGAAUAUCGUUGCUGCAGAAUGAACAAGCCAUUUUGUUAUCAAAUCUAAUGAAAUAAAGUGAC